AUGUCUGCCUAAAUCUAAGUAUGUUUAGACACGUUAGCUUUUGAUUAAAUCGAAGAAAUAAUAUCGAUCAACGGAUAACCUUCAGUUUAACUAAUUGUAUAUACACCCUUUAGUUAAUAUUGCUUCAAAAGUCAAAAGCCAAUUAAGGAAUUCUACGACUACGUAUAACAUAUGCAGAAAAAUGGAUUCAUGUUGUUAAGUUUGGAUAAGGCUUAAAUUGAUUUGCUCCAAACUGUGAAGGAUAAAUAAAAAACCAUCAUUGCAAUAAAUAAAUUAAUAAGUGAACUAUUGUACAGAAGAGAUCUCAAUACAAAACAGAAAACCAUCAAUUUAUUGGGAUUGAAUUAAAAGAUUGAAGUUUACUCCUAAAUUAAGGCCUUGAUUCCCAACAUUGUCAUGGGUUUCAAAAUUACUGAAUCUAAUCUUACUGUAUCGUAAUUCAUUAUCGUCAACUAAUUCUUAAUUGUCACUUUGGAGAAUCAGAGUUAAUUCUAAAAGUUUGGCAAAAUCUGGAAUUUGAUUGAACCUGAAAUUAUGGGGCAGAUGAUAGUAUUUUUAAUUGGAAACACGACUCCAUUUCAAAAAAUAUUUGAUAAAUAUUAUAGUAUCAAAUUAUUUUGUGUGGAAAAUAUCCAUGAUAAGCUGAUUGUAGGUACAUGUUAAGGGUCAUUGAUUUUAUACUAAAUAACUGAAAACUCCAUUUAAGAAAAAGCUAUAAUUUAGGUUCUAACAUCACCGAUAUACAGAAUCCAUCAUUUUAAUUAAGAAGUUUAUCUUGUAACAGAUAGCCAAGUUAAAAUUUUGGAUGAAGAGAAUUUUUAAUUGAUUGGAGGUGGAAGUCUGAAGAAUAGAUUGUAAACAGCAUGGAUUACUUGCUUAAACUUCGAGGAGAAAUAAAAGCUAUUAUUUUUAGGUAACAAUAAGGUUAUUGUAGGGACUUCAUAGGGUUUUAUACUGGUAUAUAAAAGGACUGAAAAGUUAGAGUUUUUAAAUUAAAUAAAUUUUAAUGUCAAUACUUCAAUUAAAUCAAUUCAAUUAAUCGAUAAUUAUCUUUAUCCAUGUACUGAAUAUGGAGUUGCAAUUAUACAAAUGAAAUAUAAAGACAACAAAUUCUAAUAUCAAGAGAAAACAGCAUUUGCAAGCUAGUUGAAGUUGGUUGGAUUCAAAAAAACAGAAACUUCAGUUUAUGGAUUUACUUAAUGUGGUUUAAUAGUUUAAUGGAACCCAGAAAAUGGUUAAAUGAAUUAGGCUUACAGAAUAGAUAAAGAAUGCUCAUUUGGAUUGGAGUAAAAUAAUUAAACAUUUAUUGUUACAAAUGAAUAAAUGAUUCAUAUAGUUAAUUUUUAAUGA